UCGAAACAAACCAAGGAUUAUUUUGAUUUGUGGUUGAAUCUACAGCUAUUUACACCAUUGGUUAUUGAUUGCUGGUUGGACAACAUGAUGCUAGUGUUUAACUCCACAAGCGGAACGACGUCAAAUAUGCCAGGAGUGGAUAUACGAGUACCAGGAUUUGGUGGCACAAGCACUAUCGAGUACCUCGAUAAAAGCCUGGCUUCACCCGGCUCCUACUUCGCCACACUUGUAGACAUUAUGACUUCAUGGGGCUAUACUCGUGGUAAAACUCUCCAAGGUGCGCCAUACGAUUGGCGCAAGGCACCAAGUCAGAGACGGUUUAGUUUUUAUUUUUCUCGUUUUACACAAAGUUUCACUAAAGUAUGA